UCGCGGCAAAUCCGGCUCCGCUGGGAAGGAAUCCCAUGGAUCCCCCGAUCCCAGAGGAGAUCCGGAGGCUCCUGGGAGAGGCCGAGGAUUUCCUGGCGUGGGUUUUGCGGGAGGAGCCGCUCAGCGCCGGGGCCCGGCGGCAGCGGGACGCGAUUCUCGGCGCCUUCCAGCGCGUCAAAACCAGGUACCACCUGGAAUUCCCAUCCCGAGGAGAGGAUGAGCACGACGGAUGGGAUGGCUCCGAUGAAAAUCCCAGCUGGAAUUUUGGCCCUUCCCGGAUUUCCGAGGUCCCGUUCCCAGCAGAAUUCCAGGAUGAGGGUCCGGAGGAGAUCCCACGGCCUGUCCAGGAUUCCGGGAAUAUUUUGAAGCAAGGAUACCUGGAGAAGAGAUCCCGAGAGCCCAGCUUUUUCGGCUCCGAGUGGCACAAGCGCUGGUGCGUCCUCACCCACCGGAGCUUCCUCUACUACGCCAGCGAGAAAAGCAAGCAGCCCAAAGGCUCCUUCCCCAUCGAGCGCUACCAGGCCCACCUGGAUUCCCAGCUCCGGAAAGAUUCCCGGAAAAAAUGCUGCUUCCGGCUGCUCUGUCCUGGCAAACGCUCCUACGAGUUCACAGCUCCGAGUCCGGCCGAGGCCCAGGAUUGGGUGGAGCAGAUCCGCUUCCUCCUCAAGGACCUGAGCUCCCUGACCAUUCCCUGUGACGAGGAUGAGGAGGAGGAGGAGGAGGAGGAGCUCUCCAAGGACCGGGACAGCUCCGAUUCCAUGAACAAUUCCCAAAAUUCCACCCUGAAUCCGGAAGAGCCGGAGCUGGAAGGCGACGACAUCUACGAGGUGUUGCCAGAUGAGGAGCCGGAGCCGCCAUUCCCUGAGGAUGAGGAGGAUUUCGGGAGCGGGGACGGAAAUUCCGACUGGGAUUACUCCAGGUAUUACCAGGGACUGUGGGAUUGCCGCGGGGACAAUCCCGACGAGCUCUCCUUCCGACGGGGCGACCUCAUCCGUGUCCUCAGCAAGGAAUACCCCGGCUAUGGUUGGUGGGUCGGGGAGCUCGGCCAGGAAAUCGGGAUCGUCCCGAGGGAAUUCCUGGCGCCGGCCUUCGACCUGGAGGAGUGAGCGGGACACGGACACGGACAGGAGGUGGCAGCCCGCGGCAUUCCCUGGAUCCCAAAUCCCACAGAUCCCACAAAUCCCAUGGGAUUCACGCAGCAGAGCCUCCACGGCGCUGGCACCGAGCGGAUUUAUCCCAAAAACCCCUCCGGGAGCCAUUCCAUGGGGAAACUGAGGCACGCAUCCCGCUCUUCCCAAAAAAAUCCCGAAUUCCCUGGAGAUCUCCCGCACUCAUUAUCCCGCUUUUCUUGCCUCAAUCCCAAAUUCCCUUGAAAUCCCAA